AUACUUAGAAACUCUAAAAGCCCCAGAAACAAAGACUUCGUGGACAAAAUCCCUUGGAACCAGAGUGAAGCCAGGAUGGAGAUCUCAGUCACCACAGAGGACUAUGACAUGACCACAGAAUACGAAUAUGGGGAUACAACCCCGUGUCAGAAGGUGGAUGUGAGGGCCUUCGGGGCCCAGCUGCUGCCCCCUCUGUACUCGCUGGUGUUUGUCAUUGGCGUGGUUGGCAAUGUCCUGGUGGUCCUGGUCCUCUUGCAGCACAAGAGGCUCAGAAGCAUGACCAGCAUCUACCUCCUCAACCUGGCCGUUUCUGACCUGCUCUUCCUCUUCACGCUGCCCUUCUGGAUUGACUACGAGUUGAAGAAUGACUGGAUUUUUGGUAAUGUCAUGUGUAAGCUCCUCUCUGGGCUUUACUACGUAGGCUUGUACAGCGAGAUCUUCUUCAUCAUCCUGCUGACGAUCGAUAGGUACCUGGCCAUCGUCCAUGCUGUGUUUGCCUUGCGGGCCCGGACAGUCACCUUUGGCUUUAUCACCAGCAUCAUCGUCUGGGCCCUGGCCAUCCUGGCUUCCAUCCCAGGCUUGUACUUUUCCAAGACUCAGCAGGAGUUCACUCGUGACACUUGCAGCCUUCAUUUUCCUCAUGAAAGCCUAAGAAAAUGGAAACAGUUUCAGGCUCUGAAAAUGAACUUCUUGGUCCUGGUCUUGCCUCUGUUGGUCAUGAUCGUUUGCUAUACAGGGAUUAUAAAGAUUCUGCUCAGACGACCGAAUGAGAAGAAGUCCAAAGCUGUCCGUCUGAUUUUUGUCAUCAUGCUCAUCUUCUUUCUCUUUUGGACGCCCUACAAUCUGACUGUGUUCAUUUCUGCUUUCCAAGACUCCCUGUUCACCAGUCACUGUGAGCAGAGCAAAGACCUGGACAUGGCCCUGCAAGUGACAGAGGUGAUCGCCCACACACACUGCUGCGUCAACCCGGUGAUCUAUGCCUUCGUCGGGGAGAGGUUCCGGAAGUACCUGCGCCAGUUGUUCCAGGGGCAUGAGGCUGUGCACCUGGCUAAACGGCUCCCCUUCCUCUCCACAGACAGGCUGGAGAGGACCAGCUCCAUGUCUCCCUCCACGGGGGAGCAUGAACUCUCCGCUGGGUUCUGACUGAGACUCCUGGAGGCCAACUCAGGACCUAGCAGGAGUGACCUGCCAGGCACACUGGGGCCGGGAGAAGAGGCGCCGUGGCUCUCCCAGCCUGCUUGUGACACCUGGCACAGUGUGGGAUCACAGCCGCGUGGGAUUAGAGGCAGCCUGAAAGUGGCCUAGACUAAAUCACCUCUCAGCUUCAGUCUUUUCCAUGAACUUCUCCCUGGUGGACGGAAGAUGAAUUAGUGAAACAGAACAUUCCGGAGACUGGAACAAAGGGUGCCAGCAAAGGGCUUGGGCCCAAACAGGAUUUCAGAUUUAAUCUCGCUUCCCUGCAAGUUGGGUGAUGUGUUGGUAAAUUGACAGCUUUGUUGCAGAAAUUUUACAGGCAAAAGGAAGCAGGGUUGGUUUUCUUCCUGCUAGUUCUUCAUGCAAGCCUUCUGGUUUGUAGAUCAGAGUUCUGACUACCACCUUGGACCUAUCAGUAGAAAAAUGGCCUGCUAUGCAAGACGGCAGUGUUUGCAGCUGGAAGGGAGGAAAAUGUCCACUGGGAAGAUUCCUGCCCUUGCAGGAGGGUGGGGUGGGCCUCUCUGUCUUCAUGUAGGAAGUUGAGAAGGCCUUUAACUCAAAGUGGCUUAUUCACCCAAAAUGUCCUGAACACUUCAUCUCUAGCCUCUAUUUAUCAUGUAUUUGCUCCCUUUUGCCUCAGAUGUAUAUUUCUUUAAAAAUCAUUUUCCUAAUAACAAAAAUUAAUUCUGAAAAAACUUAAACACACACA